GGUUGGGCGCCGCCGCCGCCGCCGCCGCCUGAGGGAAAGAAAGGAAGCGGCCGAAGGAGGCGGCGGCGCGGAGAUGAGAGGAUGGUGGUGGCGGUGACGGUGACGCGGAAGGAGGAUGGAGUCUGCAGAUUAUUUAGAAGAACUUCCUGAGACAGAUGAGCCCGCCUGGAUCUUAGGAAGGCAGCACCACCUGAAAACAGAAAAAUCUAAACUUCUUUCGGACAUCAGUUCUCGUCUUUGGUUUACCUACAGAAGAAAAUUUUCACCCAUUGGUGGUACAGGUCCUUCCUCAGAUGCCGGCUGGGGCUGCAUGCUGCGGUGUGGACAGAUGAUACUGGCCCAGGCCCUGAUCUGUCGACAUUUGGGAAGGGAUUGGCAGUGGGAGGAAUACAAAAAGCAACCGGAAGAAUAUCAGAAGAUUUUGUGCUGCUUCCUGGACAGAAAAGAUUGCUGUUACUCAAUUCAUCAAAUGGCACAGAUGGGUGUUGGUGAAGGGAAAUCUAUUGGGGAAUGGUUUGGACCAAAUACUGUUGCCCAAGUACUCAAGAAACUUGCACUGUUUGAUGAAUGGAAUUCCUUAGCUGUUUACGUGUCUAUGGACAACACUGUGGUGAUUGAAGAUAUCAAAAAAAUGUGCCGGGUCCCACCCCAGGGUUGCCCCAGGUCUCACUGCAGUUCACUGUCAUAUAGGAGCUCUGUCACCCCAGCCAAGACCCCAGGAGAUCUCUGCUGCAGUUGGAAGCCUCUGCUGCUGAUUGUACCUCUUCGCCUGGGGAUAAACCACAUCAAUCCGGUUUAUGUCGACGCUUUUAAGGAAUGCUUUAAGAUGCCACAAUCUUUAGGAGCUUUAGGAGGAAAACCAAACAAUGCCUACUACUUUAUAGGAUUUUUGGGAAACGAGUUGAUCUACCUGGACCCUCAUACCACCCAGGUCUUUGUAGAUUCUGAUGAGAAUGGUACAGUUGACGACCAUAGCUUCCACUGCCAGCAAGCCCCACAUCGGAUGAAGAUAAUGAAUCUUGAUCCCUCUGUAGCAUUAGGAUUCUUUUGUAAAGAAGAAAAGGACUUUGAUAACUGGUGCAGCCUUGUGCAAAAGGAGAUACAUAAGAAGCAGAGUCUACGAAUGUUUGAACUGGUUCAGAAGCAUCCAGCACACUGGCCACCUUUCAUACCUCCCACAAAACCAGAAGUAACCACCACUGGAGCAGAGCUCAUUGACUCCACUGAUAAACUGUUUGAAUUGGAAGAAGAGUUUGAGAUCUUGAGUGUAUGAAGGCAACCUGGCAUGCAGCCCAGGACUGGAAUAAGACCACAGAGCCUUUCUUACCCUGAAGUGCCUGCAUGUGAACAGAGCACAAGACCUCAGGAGAACAGUUCCAAAAAAACACUUCUUGGGAUGGGCAUGGAUCCUGGCCCCAGCCCACGUGUUUUUCCCCCAAGAAAAGAGUCUUGUCUGAAGAUGAACUCUUGGAGAACAUGAAAGCAAAACUGGCUUGAUGUAUUGCUGAGAAUGGCCUUGCCAGCAUCAACAAUAGCUGGAUGGUAAUUAUUGCUCCAUAUAGUAUAAUGCAAUAGCUUUGCUCACGCUGACAGCAUGAUGCUGAGGAAUAUGUUCACCUCUUGUUCCUUCACAUGGACAAUUUUUUUAGGAGUCAAUGUCAUUGCCUUGUUUUUCAGAGAUUCACCUGCUCAGGCAAAAACCAAUGCUUUUGUUCAAUAUUUUAACAUUUCUUGCAACUGCACUUCGAAACCCCAAAGUGUUUUUAUGGAAGGACAUGUGUAAUAUGUGCAAUUUUACAAAACUUUUCCUGUUUCUAGGAGAUACGUUAAUAAGCAGGGACUGGAAGGCAAUGCUUCAGCUCCUCAAACUGCCUCCCAUGUUCUUGGAAGGUACAGGAAGUCUCUUUAUAAUUAUGAUGACCCUUCACCUUGACCUUAACUUCAAAUCAUUAUUAAACCUCUUGCUUCUGAGUAAAAGAAAACACUUUUUUUGUUUCAACUGUAUCUUAUUUAUUUUAAAUUAAACAUUUACACGUUUCCCCUUGCAAGAGCCCUUUAUUUGUGGAUCUCAUUUCUUAACUGAAUAGGUUGGGUGCUAGAUCUUUCUGGGUUACUUGGAACUUUUUAAGAACCAGAGAAUGGUAUCUAUCAAAAUAAAAGUGGUUGGCCUCAGCUUUCUGAUUGUUAUUUACCCUGAUGUGGUCAUGCACAGGUAAUAAUCGCUCCACAUCAUGGGGCAACAUAGAUGGCUAAUAACAUUAACCAUCACCACGCUGGCAGAUUCAAAAACUGCAUUACCUAGUACCACUGUUAUAUGCAGAAUGAAAUGCUUCAUUGGUGGAAUCUGUAUUUAUUCUUCACCCCUAGUGCUCUGCAGUGGUUUGACCACUACAGCCAUAAUCCUCAGCAGCAUUUCACAUAACUACAUCAUCCCUCAAGUGACACACCAAGUUACUGGACUUUCAAUACUACUUUCAAAAGGUGGAACCUGCCAAGAAUUACACAAUUCUUUUGCAGUAUGGGGUGUCUUAGCCUUCUGAUUCCUUAAAAAGAUUGUCAACAUCCACCUGUAUAUUUGGGAGGAACUAAUAUAAUUGAGGGCAGAAGAUGAUGGCAGUAGUAAAGCAUUAUUCAUGAGCUUUUAAAUAGUUGAUCCUUUUUUU